AAUCGCAAAUUCUGAUUCGUCAUAAUCGUAAUUUCGGCAAACAAAGCCCUAAAUCUGCAACUGAGAGGUACCACAGACUACAGAGCAUAGCCUAGCCAUCGAAGCGAAAUUCUCUCAGGGUUUUGGGGAGGAAUAUAAAUUAAAAGUCAGGUUAGAGGAGUUUUGCGUUUACCAGAAUCUUUCUUACAAAAUGACGUCUGAAGAAGGAAGAGUACACCCAGAUUGCAGAAAUGCAUCGAACCCUUACCAUGAGUGCAGCGAUUACUGCUUCAAAGUUAUUGCUGAAGCCAAGGCUCGGAUGCCUCAGAAUCAAUCAGAAGGGGUAAAAGCAAGUGGUGACUCCAACUCAGGGGCUCUGCAUCAGGAGGAAGAUGUUUCCGAAGAAAGACCAGAUUUUGGAGAACAAUCUGAUGAUAAUGAUGACCAUCCUGCUGAAGACUUCCAGAUGUUUACUGGGAGGAAAAAGAAGUUGUGGGAAUUGAGGCAGAAGAUGAAUAAAGCGAGAAAAGACAAUCAAAAUGACAUUGCGGCUGAAAGGAAACGAAUGGAAGCUCCAGCAGAGUCAAGAGGCAUUUCUAAACAAAAAUGGCUCGAGGAGAGGAAGAAAAGAAUUGGAAAGCUAUUAGAUGCAAAUGGUUUGGAUAUGAAAAAGGCAUACAUGCUAGAUACGGAAGAGAUGGCAGAGACAAAAUAUAAGAAAUGGGAAAAAGAUCCUGCCCCAUUUGGUUGGGAUGUUUUUAAUCAGAAAACCCUUUACAAUGCAUAUAAAAAGCGGACAAAGAAUGUUGAGGUUGAUUUGGAAGAGUAUAACAGGAUGAAAGAAGCCGAUCCAGAGUUCUACCGUGAAGCUUCAAGUCUCCAAUAUGGAAAGGCUCCCAAGAUCUCAGAGGAGAAGAUAGAUAAGAUGGUGAAGGAACUCAAAGACCGAGACGCGAAGCGCAAUUCAUUUAGCAGGAGGAGGAGGUUUCACGAAGAGAAGGAUAUCGACUCAAUCAAUGACCGAAACGAACACUUCAACAAAAAGAUUGAGCGAGCCUUUGGUAAAUACACGCUGGAGAUCAAGAACAACCUUGAGCGUGGCACUGCUUUGCCUGACUAGGGGGAUAAUCCGUAAGAUGUUCCAGUGUUCUUAUUCCCAUCUAGGCUUUAAGAGUACUCAUCUGCCAGACAUGGGAUGGUCCGAGUGGGAUUCUGGUGGUUUUCAAUACUGGUAAAUGUAAUGAUAAAUAUUUGCCUUAAUAGAAGAAUGAGAAUCUGUAGUAUUAGCUUACAGUUCACAUGUCGCUAGUACAUGUUGAUUGGUGAUAAUAUGAUGAUUUUGUUUAAAUCUAAUGUUGCAAUCUAUUAUAGAUUACUGAUA